CUGAGACCUAUAAACCGAAGCCACGCAUCCGACCCGCUACGCCUCGCCUCCUUCACAUCUUCGUCUCAUAUCUGCCAUGGUGCCAAAAGACCACAUCAUAGAACCAUAAACACUGGCAGAAGACGUCAAUUUGGUUACAAAAAUGAUAAUCUCCGUAUUAUACAACCUUGGCACCCGCUCGAACCGCUGCCUUCUUUCGGAGGUCCGGAUGAUCCUUCGCUCUCGACCUUGCUAGGAGACGAUCCGUUAUAUCGAUACAUGAAGGGGCUGUAUAAGCGGGGCUGGGGAGUAUUGAGGCGGGAUGAUGUUAUGGAUCCGGAUAAGCAAGAGAGCGCGAAGGUCGUACGGGGUGUGGCUUUAGCGAAGGCGUUUUGGUUUCGACGGGAAGACGACGGACGGGAAGGAAGAACAAAUGUUGAGACGAGUGAUAGAGCUCCGAUGGACGUGCUAGACGAGACCUCGGACGUCGUGAAAGACAUGGUCGGCUUUAGGGAGAAACUAUGUCGGUCGACGUGGACUUCACAUCCUUCACAACUCGUCGACAUCUCCUCACCCGAGCCCGACAUUCUCUCAGUACACCUAUCCUCCAUUGCGUCACGCCAGCUUUCCCCUCUCACAUUACCUCGUCCUAUCCCUCAAGUACCAACACUCGCAGAAACUCCAGCUCCACUCGCGAGUCUAAGCCCCGUCUCCGUCCUCACUUUCCGUGAACUCGUACUGGCGUACGCAGCAGAGGAGAUGUACGAGCGGUACCUUGGCCGCGAACUGGAAUUGACCAAUAGCGAAUGUACGGGGCGAGAUCAGGGACAGAAUGUGGACGAAAUUGAAUCAUCAUCCGGGACCUCCUUCACGCCCGCCUUCACGCCCGCCCUCGCGCCCGCCCUCACAUCAACUACUUCAGACGAGACUACCUCAUCACUCGCAUCUCCCGCGACUCAGCCACCCCCCGACCCGCCCACACCAACCAUCACUUCCGCUUCGUCUCCUCCAAAUCCUGCCAUAUGGCUCGGUCACCAAAAAAAGCUCGAACGGCCGUACAAAGAGCGUCCGCAUUCGCUCGAUAACCUUGUUAGGUUUACGGGGUGUGUGGAGGUUGUUCCGGAGGGAUGGGAGCUAAAAGACAAAGUCAAAGACUACCUCCUCCGCGGGCACAAAAUGCUCCACUCUCCGAAACCUGCAUCCCGAUCGAGGCCCACGACCGACCAGACAGCACAAGAGAACACGGGGGAAAGCGACGGGGUGGAGCAGAGCGAUGAUGUUGGUGAAGAUGACGGUCAGCGCGAGCAUGGGAUCGAACGAGAAGCUGGGUCCGGUGAGAGUCGUGGUGGUAUUGAACGGAGCGGGAGCAGGAGCGGUGACGGGCAAGGGGCUCCACCGAACAUCCAGCCAAACGUCCAGCCAACACCCAGCACCCAAUCCAACAAUCCACCACAAAACGCCCCCACAAACUCCUCCAAGAAAUCCUGGCCAAAUCCUACACAACGACGAGCGCAGGCGCGGAGACGGAACGCGCGUCGUGACCCCUCAUUAGCGCCGCCCCUUCUCCAUAUCCCGAGCGAAGAAGAAACGCGCGCGGCGGAUGCGAGGGCAUUGAUGAGGUUGGUGGCGAGGAGUCUAGGUAAGGAGGUGUAGAGGCAGUGGAGGCAGAGCUGGGAAAAGAAGCAUUAGUAGAGGAUGAGUUGGGAGGGGGGUACGUACGACGGAUGGGAGGGUGCGGGGAUCUGUGGAAUCGGCGGGCUUUCCGCGGAGACGGCGUUGCGAAAGGAUGGCGGGGUGGAAGUGUCGAGAUCGAGCGGGCGCGAUAGCGAGAGUAGGGCGUGUCACGUAUAUGCGGAUGGGGAAUGAGGACGUUUUCAUGGAAGUGGAAUGUUGGAGACUAUUAGUGAGGGUGAGGGAUGUAUGGGGUGAUGUCUAUGCAUGGUAUGCGUAUCUACGAUUGAUAAAUACCCUCAUUUUAUAAACAAUAAUAAUCUUGA